AUGUACAUAUCGAUAGGGACUGAAGGGACGUCAGUCAGCAAACGGUUGCAGAACAGGAGAAAGUCGUCACAUAUGUGUCACAUUACAGUCCCGGUGCCCUCUCCGCUGAGGAAGGGAACAAAGAAUUUGCGUGGGGUUGCGCUCCACAAUGGCCACCCUUGCGGUAACACAACAAACAGUUGUCACUUGCCUAAAUUAAUUCGAGCGGAAAACGCCUGUGCACUAUCUCCCUUAGCGCCUGAUGAAUGUUACUUUAAGAGACCGAAACCUCUUCAACAGUACAAAUUACACCAAUCAAAGACGGCUCGUUUUUUAUUCCUCCCUCCUUGCGCCCAUCUCACGCUUCAUCAGUAUUGUUCUUGCCCGGAGGGUGUCACCUCCUCGUUACAGAUCCCUCCUCCUCAUGUACCUGCCUGUCAUCCCGCAACCUACGUAGCAGGAACUAAGUGGGACGGUAAUCAUCCCAUGGUUCCAGCUACAUGGACGUACACACCGGCGCGAAGCAUCCCCCGUAACGACGUCGACUCCUGUGUGUCUGCCUGCCAUCCCGGGGACAGGUGCCACGGCCCUGAGGGAUAUCAUGCCGCUCUGGCUACGCUUAAUGCCUGGAAAUUGCCAUGUUAA